CGUAUCGGUCCUGGCUUUGCGGCGGCGGGAACGGGGCUCAACGUGACGACUGGGUUGACAACUUGGGCUGAAUUGAAAUCGCUCGCAUCGCCUGCUUUGGGUAGAGCAGAUGUUGUUUAUAACAAACCUCCACAGCAAGUGGUUUGGUAUUUUUCGUUCCUGCCUUGCUUACAACAAAUCGGGAAUCCGACGCAAGAUUCGUCCGGCCCAACAUUAUUAAAUCAUGAUCUCAAGCUAGAUAGUCAGCAGCCUCUCAACAUCCAAUCGGACAUUCCUCCUUAUCGCUCACGGCUUCUCGAUUUGCAUCGCUCUCUUGUUGAGAUAUCAUCCACAACGGGACACGAAGCUGAAGUAGGGACUUUCCUCUCUCACUACCUGCAAAGUCGCGGGUUCGAUGUAAAACAGCAAAACCUCUCCAUGGUGGAGGACGCCCAGGCCCACAGUCACAAGCCCAGGCGCUUCAAUAUCCUCGCUCGUCCGUCCACAACUCACAGUAGCACAACCUGGAACCCUCGUCUGCUCAUAACCUCGCAUAUUGAUGUGGUGCCACCCUACAUUCCUUAUUCCAUCGAUGCCGACCCAUCAGACGUUACGGAGGAGACGAUAAUUCGCGGACGCGGCAGUGCGGAUGCUAAGGGCAGUGUGGCAUCACAGAUCAUCGCCGUGGAAGAACUUGUCCACAGAAAGCUCAUUCGUCCGGAGGAUGUGAUGCUUUUGUACGUCGUCGGUGAGGAAGUGGAUGGCGCAGGGAUGAAGCGUUUUUCCGACUUUUUGGAGGACCCAGGCAAACCAUUUCAUGGAUUCGAGUCGGUCAUCUUCGGAGAACCCACAGAAAACAAACUUGCAUGUGGCCACAAGGGCAUUAUAGCCUGUACCAUCACCGCCAGCGGCAAAGCAGGGCACUCUGGCUACCCUUGGUUGGGCGAAAGUGCCAAUGAGAUACUGAUGCGAGCUUUGGUGAGAAUACUUGAUACCGACCUUGGGAGCAGCGACAAGUUUGGCAACACUACUAUCAACGUGGGUACCCUCGCUGGCGGUAUUGCAUUCAACGUGAUUCCAGAAUUUGCCCAGUCCAACAUCUCAGCGCGCGUAGCAAUUGGCCCAGAAGAUUCAGGCCAUGUUGUUGUUCGCAAUAAAAUCGAGACAAUACUGGCAGAAGAAAACGCAGACCAUCUCAGUAUCGAAUGUUUUCAGACGACUAUAGUUAACUAUGGCACAGAUAUCCCAAACCUUAAGGGUAACCACACGAGAUAUCUGUAUGGGCCAGGUAGCAUUUUGGUCGCACACUCCGACGAUGAAGAACUUACCGUGGGUGACCUUGAAAGUGCUGUCAAGGCAUAUCAGAAGAUCAUUUUACACGAUUUGAGUACUUGA